GGGCUUCUUUGAUCAUCAAGCAGACAAAGCACCUCCGAGAUUCCAUCAACGAUGUCUAGAAUCCCGAUUCUUCCUCUCCUCCUCCUCCUCGUCUUCUCAACGAUUGUUCUAGCCACCGAUGUCCACUACUGUGAGGAGAAUGCAGAGUAUGAAGUAAAAGUGAAAGAGGUUAAUAUAUCUCCUAACCCUAUAGCUCGAGGCGAGCCAGCUACCUUUACCAUCUCUGCCACCACAGGGCGUGGGAUUACGGGUGGGAAGUUGGUGAUUGAAGUUACAUACUUUGGAUGGCACAUUCACUCUGAGACUCGUGAUCUUUGUGAUGAAACAACUUGUCCUGUUGAAACCGGAGACUUCUUGGUUGCUCACUCUCAAGUUCUUCCUGGUUACACUCCUCCUGGUUCAUACUCGCUGCAAAUGAAGAUGCUGGAUGCGCAAAAGAAGGAGCUAACGUGUAUUAAAUUCUCCAUAGACAUUGGAUCCGUACCAUCUGUGGCCGACAUGUAGAGCAAAUUCACUUUUAUCUGCCAUUGUAUAAAUAUUAGAUAUGGUUUUCUUCUAUAGCUUUAUCAGUUUUGUUACUAGACCUGGAUUCGAUUUGAUGAAGAAUCUUCAUCAUAGAUAUAUAUAUAUAAAUUACAUGGUUAGGUUUCCUUGCUGCUGCAUUCAAAC